AGCAGACCGAGCCAAGCUAAUCUAUUAUUUAUUUACGUUAACUUUUCUAUUUUACACGUUUUCUAUUCUUGUUUAAUAGUUAUGAUCACGUUUCAGUAGAAAGUGUGUGUAUCAAUUUUUAUAUAGCGUUUCACUCAAUAUGUUCCAUAAAUAUAGUUCUUCCGGGUUUCCGAGAAGGAAUUCGGUGUUUACAACAACUAAUUCGACGCUAAUGUACAGUUACGAAGGUUUAAAGAUCGAGUUAUGACUGAAAGUUGCAUACGAUUUUAACGUCCGUUUUUUCGUCUAUCUAGUGAUUUAUGAAUUUUCUCUUUGUGUACAACUUGUUAGUAAUUUUUAUGCCCGUCAUUGUCAAUUAAAAAGUAUAUGGUACGCGUGCAAACUUCCUCCAACGUGCUGCCUGACUGUUAUAUGAGUGUCCUGUAAUAUUGUUUUUAAUAGUUUUAUCAAACAGUAUUGUCUCGCCAUGCAGCGCGCGGGUGGGAGCAGGGCCUGUGCGCCAUGAGCCACACUCCUAUAGGCGGCCACCCGCAAGGUUGGGAGCACAAGCUUGCAGACAGGUCGUCGCUGCCGCCGGCGUCAGGGGAGGAGAAGUGCAAAUCUCAGUCCAGACAUGUGUUCACUCAGCCACAUCUCUCUAAGGCGGGUAUGGCGUCGUGGCGCGAGGAGACGGAGGGCUCGUCGGGCAGCUCGGCGCGCUCGCCCGCCUCGCCGCCCUACAUCCGCUGGGCGCGCACGCUGCACCACCUGCUCGAGGACGCGGAGGGGGUGCGGCUGUUCCGCAAGUUCGUGGGGGGCGCGGGGGGCCUGCACGUGGACCGGCUCAACUUCUACUUCGCCGUGCAGGGCCUGCGCCAGGAGACCGAGCCCGCCAAGAUACGCCAGGUCGUCUCCGCGAUAUACAAGUUCCUGCGCAAGUCUCAGCUAGCGAUGCCCGAGGAGUUAAAGCAGCGCGUCAAGCAAGGGCUCAAAGAUGGCGCCAACAUCGAGAAGACGAUCUUCGAUAACAUGGAACAGGAGGUGACGCGCGCCAUCACGGAGUCCACGUACCAGGCCUUCCUGCGCUCCGAGGCCUACGUGUCGUACGUGAGCGCCGCCACGCAGCCGCUGUCGUCGCCCGACGCCUCGCCGCCGCACCCCCGAGAGGUGUGCGCGGGCGGGCUGGCCACGCUGCACGAGGGCGAGGAGCUGUGCGCGGGCGGCGGCGCGCGCCUCACGCACGACGCGCUCCUCGCCACGCAGUCGCGCCGCCUGCACUCCGACGUCGCGCCGCACCGCAAGCGCUCGGUGUACAGCGCGCACGUGUCGUACGCGGGGUACACGCCCGCGUCGCGCCAGGACUCUGAGCGCGCCAGCCUCAGCAGCGGCCGCACCGACAGCGACGCCGUGUCGCUCUCCGGCAGCAGCGUCGACGGCGCGAGCGCGCGCGGGGCGCGGCCGGCGCGCGAGGGCCGGCGGCGCCCGCCCGGCCCGGACCGGCUCGCCGUCAUCAACAAGGAGCACGACCCCGCCAUGGUGAUCCCGCGCACGCAGCGCAUGCAGGCGGAGCAGCUGCGCGUGUUGCCGCCGGCGGAGUUCGCGCCGCUGCUCAUCGAGAAGCUGGAGCGAGUCAAGCGCGACCAGGAGAACAAGGAGCGCCUCGAGAGGAGGCUCGCCGAGGGCGAGGGUGAUGAGAUGUUGCCACCGCAGCUGGUGGCGGCCGCCAUCCGCGAAAAACUGCACAUCGACGACGACAACGACCAGGACAUACUCGACCAACACGUAUCCCGCGUGUGGUCGGAGCGCACGCCGGGCGCGUCCCCCCCGGGCGGGCGGCGGGCGCGGCCGCGGCACGGGGGACACGGGUCGCACGGGUCGCACGGGUCACACGGGACGCACGGGUCGCACGGGUCACACGGGACGCACGGGACGCACGGGUCGCACGGGUCGCGGCGCGCCCAGUCCGCGCUGUCAGCCGACUCGGGCCACUACGACGCUCCGCCAGACUCUCUACACCUUCCGCACUCGCUUACAAGAAGGUCGUUCUCAAAGAAGACCGUCACCGAGUUGACGGAUAGUGGCGUAUCGGUGGUCAGCGAGGGCACCACUAGCGCGGCGGGAGUCGAACCCCGCAUCCUAUUGUGGAUAGCGGAGGGUUCGGAGAGGAUGGACCGUAGGAAUUACCGGGAACUUUCGUCCCGGGGAUCUUCAGCUGAUCGCGAUGAGCAUCGAAGGAGAGAAAAACAGGCGCAGAGAAGUCGCGCUGUGGGUGGUGGCGGCAGCACGGGCAGCAAGUCUAGCGCGAGCGGCGCUGACCACACCGUGGUGGUGGUCAGCUUCUUGGACGAGAGCGUGCCCUACCGGUUCAAGGUGCCCGCUGCGCCGCUCACACUGCGCACCUUCAAGGACUAUUUGCCCAGGAAGGGCAACUAUAGAUACUUCUUUAAAACGGAGUGCGCAGACCUCGACAACACCGUGAUCCAGGAGGAAGUGAGCAACGACAACGACACGCUGCCCAUGUUCGAGGGGAAGGUCAUGGCGCGCGUCAAGAGCGUCGAGUGAGCGAGCCGCCCGCCGCCCGCCGCCCGCCGCCCGCCGCCCGCCGCCCGCCGCCCCGCCGCCCAGCUGCCAGACAUAUCGCCCGAAUUCGCUCCUCUAAACUAGCUAUGUUAUGCUAAUUCUAAACGUCGCCCUGGCUGUUCAGUUACUACUAUAGGCCUUAACAAUAAAAAAAUAUACCAGUCUGAAAGCAAUUGUGUGAGACAGCAUAGGUUAAAAAAAAAUAAUUGAGCGACUCACAAAACGCGCCAUUUUAACUAAGUCUAAAAUGUCGUUAUUAUAAGAUUAAUACAAUUUAAUAAUAAUUUCCUAAUUUAUUAGUAGUGAAUGAGUAAUAAUUAUUUAAUAAUAAAGUACAUAAUCCUGUAUAUGACUUUACUAUAAGUAAUGUAUGUAUUGAUAUUGAUUAUUUACAAUGAAAUAAUUUUCGUCCUGUGAACGAAACGGUACCAGUAAGUACAGCCAGGGCGGUAUAAAUAUAUUGUAAAUUAUUUAUUAUAAAAAGAAAUAUAUGACGAUAGUUAUAACGUUAUAUAUAAAUACGGCGGAUACAAUGUAAAUUCUGUUCCUCAACGAUUUUAGCUUUUUAUUUUUAAUAUUACGUUUUACUUCAGCUAGUUGAGUACGCUUACUAUUGUACGAUAUAUUUUUAAAAUGCGAAUUUUUUAAUUGUCGUAUGCAAUUUCUUUCUUAAUCUUAGUGUUUACUUGAAUGACUGCUUAGUUUGUACAUUAUUCAAUAAUAGAAUAUCAUGUGUUCCGUUUCAAUGUCUAUUAAAUAUGGAGAUAUCAUAUUUGGGAGUAUUGUUAAUUGUAUUGUAAAGACAAAUUGUCGAAGAAGAUAUUGUAUAUUAAUGAACAAAAUUAAUAACUAUAGUUUUAAAGAUUUCUUGAAUGACAAUUAAUUUCGUUAAUUAUUAUAUAUUACAAAUAUCAGUAUCUUUUUCGUCGAAUUGUUCAUCAAAAACUGUGUAGUAAUAAAUCUUCCAUCAUAUGAAGGGAUCUCAAUGAAAUAUAUAAAAAAAUAUAUUUUAAUGAAAUAAUGUAUAAGUGGACAGUAAAUAUCGUUUCCGUUCAACAGCUGUGAAUAGGACUUAUAUAUAACUCAUUUUUUUGUUAUUGUCAGUCAUAGUACAGAUGACAGAGCUGACUAUGUCAAUUAUUUAACGAUUUUUGUUAUUUCUAUAUAAAAAAAAAAGUUUGUAGAUGAUUAAAUAUGUUGACAUAGCGGCUUGUAAUAUUCUUAAUAAAUCAGACUGAGUUCCCUAUACCUUCGAGUGACAAUGGCUAGUCCACGCUCGCACACUCGUAACUUCAUCGAAAGUUUACAUUGAUGUUGUAGGUUUCAAUGCAGCGACGAGUUUGCGGGUCGAGCGAAUAGUACUUAUUUCUCAUAAAAUAAGACUUAUUUUAGCGUGUCACGUCACGUCCAGUCCACAGUAAGACGUUGAGUUGCCAGCGAGACGAGUGCACCUCUACUGCACAAUAUUGAGAAUAGGGUGCGUAAUCAUGUGCCUUCAAUGUUGAUAAAAUUUUUCAUAGUUGAUGCUUCUAAUUAGUUGUAAGUUAACAGUUGUAAAUAUAGAUGUAACGCUACUUCGAUUCGAACACUUUAUUUUUUAAUUAUUUAAUUAAUUUUUAAUUUAUUGCCUAAGGUUGCGUCGCGGGUUGAGUGAGACCCGCCGGCUGUUAUAACGUAAGAUCGUCACGGCCUCGUGUGCCGCGUCACUUGGUCCCUAGUUACUCGCUCCGUCUUCCUUAUUCUUGUAAUAUAUUUUAUUAUUUCAGUGUCUUUUGCACCGAAAAAUUAACGAUUCUUGUUUUUAAAUUUAGGGUACAAUUCUCACUUUUACCCAAAUGAUGCGUAACACGAGUGCGGGGCGUCUGUGUCCAGAUAUAAGUAUAGAUGCGACAUAAACGACUGGCCUGCACCAGUCGCGCCAAAUGUAUAAAUAGAUGAACUAUAUCGUUGUAAUUAUACAAUAAGGCACUUUCAGUACACUGUAGCGUCUAAAAGUACCUUAUCAAAAAUUAUGUACCAAAAAGUCCUCGUGGGCUCAAAUAUGUCGAAGUUAAAAUUGCUUGUUAAAAAAUUGUAAAAAGUAUAAUGUUUUUCAAGUUUAGAGUGUAUACGAAUGUGGAAAUAAUCGAUUUGUAAUAAUAAAAUAAUUAGUAUUACCGACAACAAUGAUGAAUCGCGGUCGGAUCGACCUUUUGUCUAAUAGUAAAAGAGUUUCACUAAUCGGACUGUAUUAUUUUUUUAUCUAGCACAUGUAACAUUUAAAAAUAAACUGGAACUGUGCCAUAUA